AUGGAUGUGACUGGAAAAAUAGUUUUUCAUUCGUUACUUCGUCGUAAAGAUGUUUGGUUUUUGGAUGUGAGUGACUUAGAUGCGAUGGAUCCUGAUGCUGUAUUUCAAUAUGUCGCCCAUCGAUCACCACCACAAGCUGAUCUGGUGUUGACUCGAGUACCCGAAUUAAGACAUUUAGUUUAUGUAAAACAUGACGAAGAGGGAAGACCGUAUCCAAUUAAAAUGCGAAAUGUGGUAAAAACACCCACGAAGAAGAAACAAAUGUCGGGCAAAUUACAAGAAGAAAUUAUUCAGGAGGAAGUCAUGAAUGAGGAAAAUACAACAACUGAAGAACAUUUCCAACCGAUAAAUGCCCAAAAAGCACCCGAGAAUACAACUGUGGUGACAAAAAGUCGUUCGUUUUGGGAUCUGUUUCCAAUAUCAUUAAUUAAGACAACAUCACAAUCCGCUCCGUCCGCCGCAUCUUCCACUUCAUAA